AUGGCGAUAUUGAUGGGGCAGUACGGUCGAAGCCUCUACUUCCUCUUCUUGUUGGAUGGUGUUACUUGUGAUACUGUGACUGGUCGAGUGAUUGGCCUCGACCUCAGUCGCAGUUUGCUUCAAGGCUCUCUAUUUUCCAACAAUAGCCUCUUUCAACUUUCACACCUCCAGAAACUCAAUCUUGCUCAUAAUGAUUUUAGUGACUCAAAGAUAUCUCCCAACUUUGGUCAGUUUAGGAGUUUGGCACAUCUCAAUCUCUCAUCUUCUUCCUUUUUAGGUGAAGUCCCAUAUGAAAUCUCUCACCUUUCCAACCUCAUUUCUCUUGAUAGUUCUUUUAAUGGUUCUAACUGGAGUAGUCCUCUCCAAGACUUGCAUUUGGAUAAUGUGCCUUUCACAGGAGAGCUGCCUGAAUCAAUUGGUGAUUUGAAUUCCUUGAAGCAAUUGACUAUUGGAUAUUGUAAUUUCACAGGAUCAAUUCCAGUGUCGAUUGGCAACUUACAGGAACUCACUUAUUUUAAAGGUGAUGUCAACAAUUUCAAUGGUAGAAUCCCAUCCUCACUUACAAAUCUCUCAAAGCUACAAGUGUUGUCGCUUCAAAGCAAUAAACUGGUUGGUCCUCUUCCUAAUUUUUCGAAUCUAUCAAAAUUAGUUAGGCUAGACUUAUAUUGGAAUUCGCUCAAUGGAACCAUACAAUCAGUCUUAGACAACUUACCUUCUUCAUUGCAUUCUUUGGUUCUCUCAAAGAAUCAAUUCACUGGUCCUAUCAAUGAAUUCCAUUCCCAAUCUCUUGAGAAACUUGAUUUGGGUGAUAACAAGUUGAAUGGUUCUAUUCCAAGCUCAAUCUUUAAUCUUGUUAACCUCACAUCACUUGAUCUGUCAUUGAAUAGCUUUAGCGGCACCUUGGAUGCAUCCAUGUUCUCAAAACUCCAAAAUCUUCAAGAGCUUCGCCUUUCAGAUAACGAUAUCUCGUUCACCACCAUCCACCAACACAACUGUCAAUCACACAUUACCCAAUCUAAAGAUUUUGUUUCUUGUAAUGUAACUGAAUUUCCCUACUUCUUGAGAGGCUUAAAAGUUCUAUAUAUGCUAGACCUUGCCAAUAACAGACUUUAUGGCCAAGUUCCUGAGUGGCUGCUGGAAGUGGGGAUUGAUACACUAUCUUAUCUGAAUCUUGCCAACAACUCUUUGACUGGUAUUAAAGAACUUCCAUGGAAGAGAGAUAGCUUCUUUGAUUUGCAAGAUUGCAAGGACUCUCAUUGUUUCCCCAACUUACAAUUAUUCGACAUCUCAAAUAAUGAGUUUUCUGGACCUUUGCCAGCCAGAUAUUUUGAAAAUCUACAGGCCAUGAUUAAAGCUGAAGAAGGUUCAGGUGAAGGGAACGUCUUGGGGACAAAAACGUCUUCAUAUCAAGAUUCUGUGUUUGUGGUCAAGAAAGGGCAAGAGUAUCAAUUAGUUAGAAUAAUAGUGACAUUCAAGACCAUUGAUUUCUCGAAUAACAAGUUUCGAGGAGAGAUUCCGAACGCCAUUGGCAAGCUUAUUUAUCUCAAAGGCCUCAACUUUUCACAUAAUAGCAUUAGAGGUGGCAUCCCGUCAUCUUUUGGAAAUUUGAGAAAUCUUGAAUGGCUAGACCUCUCUUCAAACAGACUUACUGGGAAGAUUCCAGGACAAUUGACAAGUCUCACGUUUCUUACACGGUUAAACCUCUCACAAAACGAGCUUGUCGGACCUAUACCACAGGUUAAGCAAUUCUAUACAUUUGACAAUACUUCUUAUGUAGAGAACUUAAGGUUGUGCGGAUAUCCUUUGUCAAUGGCAUGUGACAACAAUGGUGAAAUACCGCAACCACCACCAUCAUUGCAAGAAAAGGAUGAUUCUGGAAGUUGGUUUGAUUGGACGAUCAUAGCAAUGGGUUACAGUUCUGGACUGGUCAUGGGAUUGUCUGCUGGAUAUAUUUCUUCCUGCUUCUGUCGAUGGUAUAAUUAUUGGCAUGUCUAUAACAUUCUCAAAGAAUUCAUUUCGCCUAGCUUGAAGCAAAGGAUGCUGCAUUGUACUUUCUACAAAGAGAAGCUGCAAUUAAAAUGUAGUAGACCAUUCAGCAUUGAAGUUCUACAUGACAUUGGUCCUUGUUGUAUGGCUUCCAAAAUUCUCUGCCUUUCUUUCUUCUUUUCACUGCACGUCGUUUAG